UGCGUUUUCAUUUCACUGUUUUUGUUUGCCGAAAAAACAAUUUUCCUUAGGGAAUUAUGAAUUGUGUUUUUGUUUCCGUGAUUCAAAUAUUAGUGAACUUGGAAUAUUUUUUCUUCCUCUAAUCACCAAAAUUCCUUUUCAAAGAUCGGGAAUCGGGGUCAUCGAACUGAAUGUGGAAAUAGUUAUUUUCCUAACAAGUACCUAAUAUAGAAAUUUGCAACGUUAUUGUUAAAGUAUGCUCAGAAACAAUAAUUUUAUCUGAUUAGCCUCUCAACUAUGAUUGAAAGCUCGAAAUGCCAUACAAUUUGUAUGGUCUCAGAUUUUUUCUUUCCAAAUAUGGGAGGGGUCGAAGAACACAUUUUCAACUUAUCUCAGUGUCUUUUAAUUAAAGGACACAAAGUAAUAGUAAUGACGCACAGUUACGAAGAUAGAAUAGGUAUAAGAUACAUGACCAAUGGUUUAAAAGUGUAUUAUUUGCCUAUAAAAGUGUUUUAUAAUCAGUGUGUCUUGCCUACAAUGAUUUGUAAUAUUGCUUUGAUUCGGUAUAUUUUGCUGAGAGAAGAAAUUGAAAUUAUACAUGGACAUUCGGCGUUUUCUGCUUUGGCUCAUGAAGCUAUGCUACUUGGUAAUUUGUUGGGAAUAAAAACAGUUUUUACUGAUCAUAGUCUAUUUGGGUUUGCUGAUGCUAGUGCUCUGAUAACAAACAAAUUACUGCAAAUAUCUUUGGCUAGUUGUAAUCAUUGUAUUUGCGUCUCGCAUACAGGCAAAGAAAAUACUGUUCUUAGAGGGCGAGUGGAUUGCAAGCGAGUUUCUGUUAUACCAAAUGCUGUGGAUACUUUUUCUUUCACUCCAGAUCCGACCCAGAGGGAUACGACACAAAUUACUAUUGUGGUGGUUUCAAGGCUUGUUUAUAGAAAAGGAGUUGAUUUAACAGCUCAAAUAAUUGGAGAUAUUUGUGAAAAAUACAAAGAAGUUCAGUUUUUGAUUGCUGGUGAUGGUCCUAAAAGAUGGUUACUCGAAGAAAUACGUGAAAAAAGAGGUCUUCAAGAUCGUGUAGUUUUAUUAGGCAGUUUGGAGCAUUCUCAAGUUCUUAAUGUGUUAGUAAAAGGACAUAUUUUUUUAAAUACCUCUUUAACAGAAGCUUAUUGUAUGGCUAUAGUUGAAGGUGCAUCUUGUGGGUUAAAAGUGGUAUCAACUAAAGUCGGUGGAAUUCCUGAAGUACUUCCUGAAGACCUUAUUAUUUUGACUGAACCUACUGUACCCGCACUGUUAGAUGGUUUAGAUAAAGCGAUACAAGAUCUUAAAAACGGUCAAAUUGUAUGUCCCUAUGCAUGUAAUAAAAGAGUUGAAAAAUAUUACAAUUGGCAAGAUGUUUCUCGUAGAACCGAAACAGUUUAUAAAAUUGUUUCUAAGGAAAAAACAAUAAACUUUCGGCAGAUGUUAUACAAUCAUUUAUCAAGUGGAGUGUGGCCCUAUUUACUUGUGAUAUCUUUGGCAUUUUUGAUACUACAGUUUUAUGAAUUUUGGGUGCCGAGGAAAAACAUUGACAUUGCCAAGAAUUACAAAAUAAAACGCAAAAACGUACAGACAUGAUUAUUCUGCUGUGAUAUAUUCUACCAAUAA